AUGGUUAAUCAAACCAUUGAGUUGUUUUCUUAUAAUCCAGAUCCAUUUCUUCAACCUGCUUCUAAUAACAAAUUAUUGACAACUAUUGCUGCAUUGAAUCAUUUGGGAAGUAAAUUUCGUUUCUCCACUGAUUUCUUCUAUGAUUAUAAGAAUAGAAGAGUUGUUGUGAGACCAAAGGGAGAUCCAACAUUAACAUUUGAGCAAUUGCAAAAAUCAUUAAUGAAUGUUUUGGAAAAGGUCACUUCAAUGAAUCCUCAUGAAAUUGUUGUGGAUGCUAGUUUUUUCAAUCCAAUUCCAUUUACAAAUGGUGGAGAUGAUGAGGAAUUUCCAGAUUCAUGGGAAUGGGGAAAUUUACAAUAUUCAUUUAGUUCAGUACCAAGUGCCUUAUCUUUGGAACAUAAUACUUUAACAUUUACUGUUAAAGGUGGAGAGGUUGCUGGUCAAGGAUUGAGUAUUGUUUUGGAUGAACCAUUUCAAUCAUUUGCAAAGGAUUUCUUUGAAUUUGAUACUAGUUUGAGUAGAACUUUGGAUUGUUCAAAUGCUAAUAUUAUCAGUAAGGAAAGUGUCACCUCUUAUUAUAAACCUUUAGAUAAUAAGAUUAUUGUUAGAGGUCAAUUGUGUGCAAAGAAGGAAUCCAAGCAAACAUUGACUGUUUUGGAUACUUAUGGAUUUUUCUUACAAGCAGUUUCAAGUGCUAGCGCCUCUUCAAAUGGUCCAAAAUCUGUUAAAAUUGAUUAUUUGAGUGAGGAGGAACGUUCCUCCAUGUUUGAAUUCAAAGAGGAAUGCGUCUACUCUGAUAAUAUUCUCACAGUUAUGAAUACUACACUUCAAGAGAGUGAUAACAUGUAUGCAGAAUUAUUCUUGAGACAAUUGGGAACUUUCAUUAAGGCAAAUAGUAGUUUGGACGUUUUUCCAUCCAUCACCACAAGAGGAAUUCAAGUUGUUAAGGAUAUUUUGACAAGUCAAUUCAACUUGUCACCAUUCACAUUCUUCCAAAAUGAUGGAUCUGGACUUUCUCGUCACAAUCUCAUUUCUCCUCGUUCUCUAGUCGAUGCAUUGAGUGCAAUCUAUUACAAGGGAGCAGGUGGAGUCAGUGGUGAAACAUUUGUCUCCUUAUUACCUCUCGGAGGAAGGAGUGGAACUCUCAGGAAUAGAUUUGUUGAUUUCCCAGGUAUUGUGAGUGCUAAAACUGGAAGCUUGGAUGGAGUUAGUUCUUUGAGUGGAUAUAUUAGAAAUGCCAAUUAUAGAGAUCCAAUUGUUUUUUCAAUUAUUGUUAAUCAGUGUCCACUCUCUGCCAAGGAAAUGCAUCAAAUUAUUGAUUCCAUUGUUACCUUGUUUGCAUUCAUGAAUCCAAAAUGCUAA